GCAAGCGUCAAGGACUUCCCUAUGAGACACGCGUGUGCACUUUCAGAGACAAACGCGAAGAACGAAAAGAGAGAAAGAGCGGUGAAGAGGAGGAGUGUCGACUAAAAAAAGGGAGACCCCUUCCCAGUUUUUCAUGGUCAUGCAGUGGAGGUGUCCAAUGUGAUUCCUGGACGAGAAGAGGAGACACUCGAUGGGAAGAGAAGAGUUUGACACAGAACAUGGCUUCAGCCAAAGAGGAUGGUGCGGAUGAAAAACUGCCACGUGUUAAGCAAGAGGACUGUGAGUGGGGUGCACCAGAGGAACUGUGGGUGAAGUCAGAGGAUUGCGAAGGAAGAAUUUCAGUUUUCAAAGAGGAGGAGUGCAAAGGGGGGCACGCUGAAGUUAAAGUGGAGGAUCUGGAAGAUUUCCCAGUGAGUGCUGAACCUCAAAACCUUGAAACCGGGAAUGUUUUCAAACCAGAGAUCUUUGAAGAAUCUCAACCCAGCUUACAGUAUUGGGUCACCGAUACGGGGCAACUGGAAGUGAAAUCCGAGUUAUCGGAGUUUGAGGAGAAAAUCAAUGAAGGACACAGGAGAGAAGCAGAAGAGCAGCAGUCGUGUAAGAAUUGGCAGGAUAACUUCAGCUUCUCCCCCCCAUCCAUUGCUCCGACCCCUCCUCAGUGCAGACUGCAGCAGAAGCAGGGCAGGCAGAAGAUGGAGAAAUCAACAAGAGGAUCGGAGGAUUUGACAGCAGCCUUUUUGCAGUGUAGUUCGCUUCCCGAUGCCAAACCACAGCGUGUAGAAGCCAUCAGCAUUGAUCCAAAACAAGAGAAUAGCACAGACCAAGAGGCCUUGUAUAUCAGUGGGAAAAGUUUUAAAGAUAAAUCGAUUCACACAAGACAGCAGCCAAAUGCCUGUUCCGAACGUGACAAUCUCGACGGCCUUUCCAAAAUUCACACUGGAAACAAACCCUAUUGCUGUUCUGAGUGUGGAAAAGAAUUUUCAUUUUUAACCAAUUUUCAGAACCACUUGAGAACUCACACCGGAGAGAAGCCUCACUGUUGUUCAGAAUGUGGCAAACGAUUCUCACAAAUCAGCAGCCUUCUGAACCACAAAAGAACACACACUGGAGAAAAGCCGUAUGGCUGUUCUGAAUGUGGCAAACGAUUCGCCGCUAGUGGCAAUCUCCAGCGGCACACGCGCAUUCACACCGGAGAGAAGCGUUACUGCUGUUUUGAGUGUGGCACACAAUUCUCUUACAGUUCCUCUCUUCAGAAACACAGACGAGUUCAUGCAGGAGAGAAGCCGUGAGGAGGGAGUACAGUGGAGGUGAAAUGUAAUUCUCCAGACUUGUCACGUUUUGAUGGGCACGCUUUACAUGGUGGGCUUUGUUGUACAAGAUAUAUACCAGAUCCCAUCGGGCAAAGCUACUCUUAUUGUUACGGACCCAAAAAAGUUGUGUAUUGGCCACAUGUAACCCAGGAUUAAAACUCGUCCAACCCUGGUGUCUGCACUAGGGUAAAUAAUGGUGGAAGAUGAAGAUGAAGAACAACCUCCAUUGUGGUGUCACUCCAAAUGGAUAGUGUUGCUGGACACACUGUGAUGGAAAAGCUCCACUUCAGCAAGAAAUUUUGAGGACUGGACACAGAUAAAGAGGAGGACAAGUACUGCUGCUUAUAUGCAACAAUUGACUGGAAAGUGAAAUCGACUCCCAAACAAGAGAAGGUGACUGAUGCCAACCUAAGGUCUCUUAACCACACGUUUGUCCUCUUUUUGUCUUCACAUACUGUAUGUGACCAACCACCCCCCGUGGUCCUGUGGACUAUUUAAGAGACUCGCUGGUUUCGGUGCCAUAGGUUUGCUUCUCGUCUUCUCUUUGUGACUCCUAAGAUGUCCUCCUUUGUUCAGAUUUCACUCCUGUUAGUAUUUCUUGUCAGGGCUGUUUGGUUAUUGUGUUUAUGUUUCUUGA